AUGACCAGGAAAGAGACACGAAGGUUCUCGCGGGGCUAUAUACUAAUUUUUUCCUGGUUUCGUGGGUGGGCGCAGCGGGAAUAUCGGGGUCCCGCCGCCUCAUUCCGCCCAAGGAAAGUGGAGGGGGGAGAAAUGGGAAGAGGGUUUCCGAUCUCCCCUUCCUCCUCCCCCUUCUUUUUCCCAGCUGCGGGGCUGCUGCGGGGAGGAGCCUGACGUCGGUCCGGCCCCGCCGAUCGCGAGAGCUGAAAAAGCAGCAGCCCGAGCGGGCCCCGCAGUCUCUCGCCUCGGUUCCCGGGUCGCCUCCACCAUGAAGCGGCAGAGAUGCGUCUUUCUCAGCGCCGCCGCCGCGAUCCUAGCCACUCUGCUGAUGGGCGCAGCCGCGACCAGCGACGAAGAUCAAGAGGCCGUCGAUCCAGGCAAACUCCUGGUACUGACAGCUGCCACAGAUGAGACAGAGGGUUACCAGCGCUUCCUGCGGACGGCCAAGUACUUCAACUACACUGUCAAGACUCUCGGCCUAGGAGAAGACUGGAAGGGUGGAGACGUUGCUCGGACGGUCGGCGGAGGACAGAAGGUCCGCUGGCUGAAGGCGGAAAUGAAAAAACAUGCCAAUGAGGAGGACCUAAUUGUCAUGUUUGUAGACAGCUACGAUGUGAUCCUGGCAGGCAGCCCCAUCGAACUCCUCUGGAAGUUCCUGCAGUUCAAGAGCAACGUGGUCUUCUCGGCGGAAAGCUUCUGCUGGCCAGAGUGGUCGCUGGCCGAGAAGUACCCGCCGGUGGGCGUGGGAAAACGCUUUCUGAACUCUGGAGGGUUCAUUGGCUACGCCCCCACCAUCAACCGCAUCGUCCAGCUCUGGAAGUACAAAGAUGACGACGACGACCAGCUCUUCUACACACGCAUUUACUUGGAUCCUGCCUUGCGGGAGAAACAUAAGAUCACGCUGGAUCAUAAGUCAAAGAUCUUCCAGAACCUGAAUGGCGCCAUCGACGAGGUAGUUCUGAAAUUCGAACGGACCCGAGUGCGUGCCCGGAACGUUGCUUACGACACCUUUCCUGUUGUCAUCCAUGGCAAUGGGCCUACCAAGCUGCAGCUGAACUAUCUGGGAAACUACAUCCCCAACACCUGGACCUACGAGGGGGGCUGCGAAGUUUGUGACGAAAACCUCUUGGAUCUGUCAGGCCUGCCGGAAGAAUCGUAUCCACGCGUGCUUCUGGGUGUGUUCAUCGAGCAGCCCACACCCUUUCUGCCUCAGUUUCUUCAGCGUCUCUUGACCUUGAAUUAUCCGUACUCUCAUCUCCAGCUCUUCAUCCACAAUCACGAGGUGUAUCACGAGCCGCACAUCGAAGCCGAGUGGGAGCAGCUCCGUGGGGCCUUUGAGAGCAUCAAGCUUGUCGGUCCAGAGGAGGAGCUGAGCCAAGGGGAGGCGAGAGACAUGGCCAUGGACCUCUGCCGCCAGGACCCGACCUGUGACUACUACUUUAGCCUGGAUGCUGAUGUGGUCGUGGCAAACCCGGACAUCUUGCAGAUAUUGAUCCAGGAGAACAAGAAGGUGAUUGCUCCAAUGAUGUCCCGCCACGGCAAGCUUUGGUCCAACUUCUGGGGGGCCCUGAGCCCCGAUGAAUAUUACGCGCGCUCAGAGGACUACGUGGAAUUGGUCCAGGGCAAGAGGAUCGGAGUGUGGAAUGUCCCCUACAUCUCUCAAGCCUAUUUGCUGCGAGGGGAAACUCUGCGCCAGGAGCUGCCCCAGCGCAACGUCUUCACCUUGGACGACACAGACCCAGACAUGGCCUUUUGCAAGACUGUGAGGGAGAAGGGCAUCUUCCUUCACAUCAGUAACCGGGACGAGUUUGGGCGCCUCAUUUCCACCGCCAGAUACAACAUAUCUCACCUAUAUCCUGACCUCAGGCAGAUCUCCGAGAAUCCCCUGGAUUGGCAGGAGAAAUACAUCCAUGAGAAUUACACUCAGGUGCUGGAGGCAGACUAUUACGAGCAGCCCUGCCCUGACGUUUAUUGGUUCCCCGUGUUCACUGACCAGAUGUGUGAUGAGCUGGUGGAAGAGGCAGAAAACUUUGGCCAGUGGUCCGGAGGGAAGCAUGAGGAUUCCCGGCUGGCUGGUGGCUAUGAGAAUGUCCCGACCGUUGAUAUCCACAUGAACCAAAUUGGUUUUGAGAAGGAAUGGCUGCAGUUCCUGCAGGACUACAUCGCUCCGGUCACAGAAAAGCUCUAUCCUGGCUACUACACUAAGGCACGAGCGAUCAUGAAUUUCAUGGUCCGCUACCGCCCGGAUGAGCAGCCCUCGCUCCGGCCACAUCACGAUUCCUCCACUUUCACCAUCAAUGUUGCGCUGAACCACAAAGGGAUUGACUACGAGGGAGGCGGCUGCCGGUUUAUCCGCUACAACUGCAAAGUGGAAUCCCCCCGCAAGGGAUGGACCUUGCUGCAUCCCGGACGCCUCACCCACUACCACGAAGGACUGCCCACCACCCGUGGGACCCGCUACAUCAUGGUCUCGUUUGUGGACCCCUAACACCAGCUCCACCCCCCUGGUCCUGGGGCAGUGAGUGGGCCGCGGUGGUCAACACACUGGCAGGAAGAGACUUGUGGGGGGGCAGACGCAGGCGGGUCCAUCUCUCCGGCUCGGCUGCUGCCUUCCUUGGUGCCUUUGAAAAUGGAGGGAAACAAAUAACUCUACGUCCGGUGCUGAUGGAUCCGGUCCUUGCCUGGCACUGAAGUUUGGGUCACUACUAGUGCUGGGAGCAGCCACUGCUGCCUUGUGGCGUUCCACCAACCUCCCCCCACCCCAUAAUAUGUGGGU